AUGAUUGAUUAUAAUGAUCUCACUGCUGGAAACAGGAUGGAAUACCAAUCUAAUUCAAUGAAUGAUAAUCACUCAAUGACAUCUGAUAGCGCAGAAUCUGAACACACUGUGCCUGCGACAUGGAAUCACAAUGGAAACUCUGCAUCUCUUAAUCAGGGCUUUGGCAACCCUGAUACUAGGACCAGUUUAUGGAACCAAAUUAGAGGCCAAAAUCCUGAUGCCAUUUUUCUUAGUGAAACCAAAAAUGACUCUGUAAAAAUGGGUCAAUAUCUCAAGAGAUUAAACUACCCUAACUGUUGGAUUAGUCAUUCUAAGGGUCUCUCUGGAGGCAUUGCCCUUUUAUGGAAGAGUGGAUACAUUGGUGCUCAGUUUACUUGGUCUAAUAGACAAGAAGGUACUGACAAUGUUCAAGCUAGACUUGGCAGGGCCUUGGUAAAUGGCCAUUGGCUGCAUCAUUACAACCAUUCAAAGUUGUUCCACAUUGAUGCCAUAGGAUCUGAUCAUUUACCAAUCCUCUUGAUUACUAACUAUAAUGAACACCAAGGAAAAGGGCCAUAUAGGUAUUUUAAAUGCUGGUUUAAAGAUCCCUCUUGUCAACAAGUGAUCAGGUAUGCUUAUAAAACUAAUGUUAGAGGGUCCAAUGCUUUCAGAAUGGUCAGUUGUCUUAGAAAUGUCAAAUUUGAGCUCAAAAAAUGGAAUAUUUCUCAUUAUGGUAAUAUUGAUCAAAAAGUUCAUUCCUUAACUGAUCAACUCACAAAUCUGAAUACUAACCCAUACUCAAUUCAAAAUAAUGAGGCCAUAAGGGAAGUAGAACAAAAUCUUAAGCUAGCUCAAAAAGAUCAAGAAUCUUUUUAUGCCCAAAAAGCCAGAGUUUAUUUCAUUAAAAAUCAUGAUAGAAAUACCUCUUACUACCACACUCAUGUGAAUAGAAAGAGACAUUUCAACCAUAUCAUCUCUCUUAAAUUAGCAAAUGGACACUGGUCUGAGGAUAGAGGUAAUUUUGAGGACCUUCUUGUUUCUCAUUUCAAGAAUAUUUCUACUACAACUAACCCUGUCUUGAAUAAUAAUUUUCUGAAUUGUAUUUAUAAAUGUAUUACUGAUGAGGACAAUGAUCAUUUGCUGAGUCCCAUCACUCUUGAAGAGGUUAGGAAUACAAUUAAGCAAAUGGAACCAUGGACUUCCCCUGGUCCAGAUGGGUUUCCACCAGGUCUUUACAAACAAAACCUGAAUUUGCUUGAAAAUGAUGUCUUAGAGACUGUCAAAAGUUUCUUUCACUCUAAACAUAUUUUGAAAGAAAUGAAUCACACUUUCAUUUCUCUAAUUCCUAAGGUAAAUAAGCCUACAAGCCCUGCUGACUUUAGGCCCAUUUCUCUUUGCAAUUCAAAUUAUAAAAUUAUAUCUAAAAUUCUGGUGAAUAGAAUGAAACCAUUUUUGAGCAAACUUAUAUCACCAUAUCAGGCUGCUUAUGUACCUAGUAGAAAUAUACAAAAUAAUGUGGUGAUUGCACAUGAGUUGUUACACUCUAUGAAGAAAAAGAAAGACAGAUGUGGUAUCAUAGGCCUUAAACUCGAUAUGUCUAAGGCCUUUGAUAGAGUUGAAUGGUCUUUCUUAAUUGUUGUGCUUAAAAAGUUUGGGUUUUCAGAUCAUUGGUGUCAACUGAUUUUGCAGUGCAUUAGUACAACCAAUAUUUCUAUUUUACUGAAUGGUUCACCUUGUCCUUCUUUUAACCCUACUAGAGGUUUGCGACAAGGUGAUCCCUUGUCUCCUUAUCUGUUUAUUUUGUGUAUGGAGGCUUUCUCUAGGUAUCUUAUCCAUGCUGAGCACAUCAAUCUCAUCCAUGGUUUUAAGGUCACUAAUGAAGCUCCUAGUAUAUCUCACCUGCUUUUUGCACAGGACUGUCUGCUUUUCACUAAAACUACACAUUCUGAAACUACUAAUCUUAUGGCUUUAAUCAAUGAUUUUACUAGUAUUUCUGGCCAGAUGAUUAAUUUUGAAAAGUCAGCUUGUUUCUUUAGCAAGAAUGUUCUCCCAGACCACUGUGUGUCUCUUAUCAGAUCAAUGAAUGUUAGGAAAAUAGAACUUAAUGAAAAAUAUCUAGGGAUCCCACUGUUUGUCACUAGAAAUAGGACUGAGUGUAUGUCUCAUUUGAACAAUCAUCAUGAUUAUAAAGUUGCUAAUUGGAAGGGUAAGCAAUUAACCCAAUCUGGUAGAUCUGUCCUUGUUCAACAUAAUUUAAAGUCUACUUCCAAUUAUCAUAUGAACUCAUUUUUUCUUCCUGACACCAUUGUUGAUAAAAGGGAGAAAUCUCAAAGAGAUUUUUGGUGGGGUAAAGAUGGUCAUAGAGGCUAUUACUUUAAGAAAUGUGAAAAGGUUUGUUCUCAUAAAUUACAGGGAGGAUUAGGUUUUAGGAAUAUUAAAAAAAUGAAUCUUGCUCUCUUAGCUAAAACUGUCUGGCUUUUAAUUCACUCCCCUAAUGAGUUUUGGGUUAGGAUUUUAAAAUGCAUGUAUUUCAAAAACUGUCAUCCCAUUCAUUAUAAAAAAUCAUGGAGUCGAUCCUGGGUAUGGUCAAGUAUCUGUCAUGGUCUGGAUAUUCUGAAACAACAUGCUUUCUGGGAUUUAAGGGAUGGAUCUACUAUUCAUGCUUUUUCUGAUAAUUUGAUCCUUAAUGCUUCUUUGCCUCUGUGUUCUAGUUUUCCUAAUCCUAAUUAUAAAGUUUCUGACCUCAUAAAUCAUGAGGAUAAGACUUGGAAUGUUGCCUUAGUUGAAGAUUUCUUCACCAGUGAAAAUAACCAAAGGAUUUGUAGGAUGAGAAUACCAGUCUCUGGAUGUGAUACUCACAUUUGGCCUUUUAAUAAUAAUGGCAUUUUAACAGCUAAAUCUGUGUAUAAGCUAUUAUCAAAUGAGUUGCCACAUAAUUCUGCACCCAAUCCAGAUAUAGAAUUACACAAGGCUCUUUGGAAGACUCCACUUUCGCCUAAAACUCAACUCUUUUUAUGGAAAUGUGUUGAAAAAAUUCUUCCCACAGACAUUAAGCUCUCUAGUUGUAGCAUCAACCAUGACAACAGGUGCAAAUCCUGCAAUUCUGGAGUCAAUGAAACUCCAGAACACAUGAUUCUUCAUUCUAACUUUGCUAGGAAUGUCUGGUCCAACCUCCCUGUUGUCAGUCAUGUUAUUGCUCAAGACUUGAAUAGUGACAUUAGCAUUAAGGACUGGAUUUCUAAAUGGCUCUCCACUAAAAAUCUGUUAGAUAAAUCUGCUAUUGUGUUCACUGCAGCUUGGUGCAUUUGGAAAGACAGGUGCUCUAAAGUUUUUGACAACAAGCCCCUGAACCCUCAACUCACUGCCAAUACUGCUCUUAGUUUGGCAGAUGAGACUGUUAGCUCUUUGGUCAAUGCUGUUAUUUCUAAUCCUCAAACUGUUGUUGUCAAUGAGGAUAAUUUUCUUAAUACUAUACCUGAAAACAUCUUACUUGUUUUCUGUGAUGCUUCUUUUGACAAGGAUACUAACAACUCUGGUGUUGGCAUUGUGGCAAUGAAUCAUGCAGGUUCUUUCAAGGGUUGCAAACUAGUUGCUGGUGCUGCUUCUAGUCCUAAGGGUGCUGAAAGCUUAGCCAUUCUGGAGGCAGCUAAAUGGAUCCUCUCCAAAAACUACCAGGACAUUUUCUUAAUUAGUGAUGCCAAGAAUGUUAUGGCUUAUCUGAAUAAUAACAAAGGACAGACUACUUGGUCCUCUUGCUCUGUUUUAGAUGAUUGUCUAUUUCUUUUAAAAGAUAUUCAUUUUAUAAGGUAUAAUCACCUUAAGAGGAAUCUUAAUAGUAUUGCAGACUUAGAUGCUAAGUAUAGUUGUAUAGAAAAAGUUACAGGUGAAUGGGAUGAAUCCAGUAUUCCCUACUUUCUCCAAAAUGCUGUAAACCUAUUUUAA